CCGCGCCCCCUCGCCACCCUCCGUGGGCCAUGCUCUACACCAAGCCGGCGCUGGACGCGUCGGGGGCGCCGUCGCGCGCGUCCCUCCACCUCCACGAUGACCUGUGGGCCCAGCUCUCCGUCCCCGCCCGCCUCGUCGUCCCCGGCGCCGGCGACGCCACGGACUUCUUCGCCGGCACCGUCCGUGCCGCGACCCCCGACGGCCUCCUCCUCCUCGACUUCUCCGACGCCCGCUGCCGCGCCCCGGUCGACGGCACUUUCCGCCCCAGCUGGCUGGCCGAGUUCGACGCCCGCCGCCGCGUACGCCGGCGAGCCGGACGUCGCACGCUUCGUCUGCAACCCUCUCAGCGGCCAGCUGGCCCGCCACCCUGUCCCGGCCACCGAGUUCGCGAGGUCGUCCACCGCAGGAUGCUCCACGGGUUUCGGCCUGCUCACCCACUCCGAGGGCUCCCGCGGCCCGCCGGACAGGUACGUGGUCGCUCAGCUCAGCCGCAGCCGUCGCGGGGGAGCGGACCACCCCGUCGUGCGCCGUUUCCUGUCCGAAACAGGGGACUGGGACGAGCGGCGUCUGGCCGGCCCAUCCACUGUGCCGGCUAGCCGGGACAUGCGCAUAGACCCGAACCUCGAGGUGGUGGCAUUCGGCGACCGGCUGUGGUGGCUCGACCCGACCUGGGGCGUCUGCUCCGUCGACCCUUUCAGCGACCAGCCAGAGCAUCACUUCGUGGAGCUGCCCCCGGCCAGCGUGCUGCCUGACCUGAUUGACCUGGCGGGGACUCCGGUGCUGGGCAGGUACCGUCGCCUGGGGGUGAGCGAGGGGAAGCUGCGCUACGUGGAGGUGUCUAAUAGCAGGAAGCCAUUCGUGUGCAGCUCCUUCUCGCUCAACGAGAAGGGCUGCUGCUGGACGCUCGAGCACAAGGUAGCAUUCAAUCCUGUUCUACCUGAAAGGUGCAAAGUCCUGGAAGACCACAUACCGUGCAUUGCCGCCAUCGAUCCAUUCCAGGCAAAUUUUAUGUACCUCGUCUAUGGUCACUUUCUUAUUGUUGUGGACAUGGCUAAGGGGAAAAGCUUAGGGGGGCGGUAUCUUCCAGAAAGAGCCGGCGAUCAAACCCUGUGCCCCUCUGGUUUCCUUGUGCCCUGCACGCUCCCAACAUGGCUAGAGUCGAGCUACAUCCCCUGUGCAGGUACAUUUAUGCUCCACAAGGAGUCUCGAAAUGAUCCAGAACUUCCGCGCGCCGUUGACUGCGGAACAGGUCACUUGGAGCCUGGAGGCCUACUUACUAGACGCUUUGCUAGUGAUCAGACCAGGAAGGCAUACACAGCAUUGAACGAGCAGUUCGAUGCGUACACCGGGGUCAUCUGGCAGCCCUACACGGAACCAGCCAUACAAGCGAGAUACCCUGGUGGUAUGUCUGUGCUAUGCACAAGGGACCGAGAUUACUGGAUGACAAAAUCUAAGAUCAUCUUCGAUGUCUUCGUCGAGGAGAUGGCACAACAGAGGGUUAUGAGGCAAUUUGGUCUUUUGCAGUUGGAGCUACCUCCCCCUAUAGAGAACCCGGUGCCAGCACACAUCCACAUGUAUUAA